AUGCCCUCAACUGGUUGGUACACCAUCGGCAUCGCGUCGUUUGCAUCAAUUGGCACGUUCUUAUACGGCUAUGAUACGGGCAUCGUAACUGCGACAAUUACCCAUCUCAGCUGGGCGGCCUAUAUGGGUAGCCCGUCUUCUACUAUUAUGGGGGCUGUCGGUGCCAUCUACAUAGCCGGCGAGGCAGUCGGUGCUUUUUUACAAAUCUUAAUUGCUGAUAAACUUGGGCGAAUACGUUUCAUGCAGAUUGCGGCGAUUGUUGUCACGAUUGGGGCCAUAUUGCAGACUGCAUCGGUAAACAUUGGCAUGUUUCUUGCGGGUCGAGUUAUCUCCGGAGUCGCCGUUGGAGCAUUGAGCGGUACUGUACCCAUCUACCUCUCAGAAAUCGCACCCCCAAAGAAUCGAGGGCUGAUUGGCGGUCUCUCCGGCGUGGGCCUUUCGUCUGGCACGAUGCUUGCAAAUUGGGUCGGUUACGCCUGUGGUUAUGCUCCAUACGGUGCAGUUCAGUGGCAUCUUCCAUUGGGCCUCCAGUUGCCUUGGGGUAUUAUCUUAUUCACCGGUUUGGCUACCUUCAUGCCCAACUCCCCACGCGAAAUGAUUCAGAAGGGCAAGCUUCAGGAAGCCCGCCAAGAGUUUGCAAAAAUUCGAAGCGAUUUACAAUCACAAGAACUACACGAAGAAUUUGGGCUUAUGCGAAGGCAAAUUGAAUAUGAGCGGUCCCGUGAACUCACUUCGUUUCGCGAGAUCUUUCGGUUAUAUCAACAUCGCGUCUUAGUGUCCGUCAGUGUGCAAGUAUUGACGACUGUGACGGGCGUCAAUGUUAUUCAGUACUAUCAGACAAUCCUCUAUAAGUCUUUGGGUAUUAGCUCUCAAACAAUUCUCGCUCUCACCGCGGCCUGGGGAACAUGUGCCUUCGUCUCUAACGCCAUCGCCGUCAACUUCCUCCCCGACGGAUUAGGCCACCGGAAAAUGCUUCUCUUCGGGCUGACUUGUGUCAUUAUCACCGGGAUCUAUUCCGCGGUUAUGCAGCUUAAAUUCCAGAACACGGAUAACCGCGUCGGCAAAGGAUUUGCCAUUUUAGGCAUAUUUUUAUUUGUCGUGUGCUACUAUGGUCUGAUCAACAGUACUACUUGGUUGUACGGGUCUGAGGUUCUUCCUAUGUCCAUUCGCAGCCGGAUAAUGGGCGUCGCUGCCAUGGCUCAUUAUGUCGUCAAUGUUGGCAUCACCGAGGCUGGACCCAGUGCCUUUGCUACGAUCCAUCAGAACUAUUAUUAUGUCUUUGUCGGAUGUUGCACUGUUUACUUGCUCAUCAUCUACUUUUACUUCCCGGAGACUAACCAAAAGACUCUCGAGGAAAUUGCCGCGGCAUUUGGUGACCGUGUUGUGGAAAUCGAUGAGCAGGAUGUAGUUGCUGAAGGAGUAGCAUUUGAGGGCAAAGCCAGCGCAGGGCAUAUCGAAGAUCAGGUCGACGCCUCGCGGCCAUGA